AUGAGAGAGAUCGUCCAUAUCCAAGCUGGACAAUGCGGUAACCAGAUUGGAUCCAAGUUCUGGGAAGUUAUUUCGGAUGAACAUGGCAUUGAUCCAGCUGGCCAAUAUGUUGGAGAUUCGGAUCUGCAACUCGAACGGAUAAACGUCUACUAUAAUAGUGCUGGAAGCAAUAAAUAUGUCCCAAGAGCUGUACUGGUUGACUUGGAACCUGGAACCAUGGAUUCAGUCAGGGCUGGUCCUUUCGGUCAACUUUUCCGUCCAGACAACUAUGUCUUCGGACAAUCUGGAGCAGGAAAUAACUGGGCUAAAGGUCAUUAUACAGAGGGAGCUGAACUAGUGGAUAAUGUUCUGGAUGUCGUUCGUAAGGAGGCUGAGAGCUGUGAUUGUCUUCAAGGCUUUCAAAUGACGCAUUCCCUUGGAGGAGGUACUGGUUCAGGAAUGGGAACACUUCUCAUCUCCAAAAUCCGUGAGGAGUAUCCUGAUAGAAUAAUGAAUACUUUCUCUGUUGUCCCAAGUCCCAAAGUAUCUGAUACGGUCGUUGAGCCAUACAACGCAACUCUAUCUGUACACCAGCUGGUUGAGAACACAGAUGAAACUUUCUGUAUCGAUAAUGAGGCUCUCUAUGAUAUUUGCUUCCGUACCCUGAAACUAACAACACCAACCUAUGGAGAUUUGAACCAUCUCGUGAGUGCUACAAUGAGUGGAGUAACUACAUGCCUUCGAUUCCCCGGACAGCUCAAUGCAGAUUUGCGAAAACUUGCGGUGAAUAUGGUUCCAUUCCCACGGCUUCACUUCUUUAUGCCUGGUUUUGCUCCAUUGACAUCUCGUAGCAAUCAACAAUAUCGUGCCAUAUCUGUUCCUGAGCUAACUCAGCAAUGCUUCGAUGCCAAGAACAUGAUGGCAGCCUGUGAUCCAAGACAUGGAAGAUAUUUAACUGCUGCAGCCAUCUUCCGUGGCCGCAUGAGCAUGAAAGAAGUUGACGAGCAAAUGCUGAACAUUCAAAACAAGAAUAGUUCAUACUUCGUUGAUUGGAUUCCAAACAACGUUAAGACCGCUGUCUGUGAUAUUCCACCACGAGGAUUGAAGAUGUCUGCUACUUUCAUCGGAAACUCUACAGCCAUUCAAGAACUAUUCAAGCGAAUUUCUGAACAAUUCACAGCUAUGUUCCGCAGAAAGGCUUUCCUUCAUUGGUACACCGGAGAAGGAAUGGAUGAAAUGGAGUUCACUGAAGCUGAAUCAAAUAUGAAUGAUCUGGUAUCGGAGUACCAACAGUAUCAGGAAGCUGCUGCUGAUGAAGAUUCCGCAGAAGCUUUUGAAGCUGAGUGA